CGCCCGCGAGGACUCCGUAGAGAGCGCGCACGACACACGCGCACAGCUUGCUUGAGCGAGUGGAUGUAGCUACGUGCUGCCGGUCGUACGUCCGCUGUUCUGGGGUGGAAGACGCGAGUGCGAUUCGUGCUGCGCAGCCGGCUCGUGGGGAGGGAGAGCCAGCAGGGGUGGGGCAUCCUGCCAAAGCGUCGCCUGUGUAAACCGCCUGAAAAGAGCCUUCCUAGCCGACCUUUUUUGGGCCGAGGGCGACGGUUGUGCGACGGAGAGAUCAGCUGACCGUUUCGGUGGACGACGAGCUGCGGUGCUCCGGCUGUGGCCUUGAACUCCGGCACUCACAGGUGUGCGUGUAAACCCCGAGCACUGUCCGUACCUGACCUCGCCGAAGCCGUACAGCAGCGGGUGCGUCCCGUAUCCGGCGUGACAUGCCGCACUCGGAGCGGCGGUCGCAGUCGCUGACGCCCCAGAUGUCGGCGUGCGCGGCCGCCCGCAAGGCCGCCGGGGCUUCGGCCGUCGGUGAAGGAGACCGACGCGGCAUCGCGCCGGCCGUCGUCGACUCGACCACGGUGGGCGACGACGAGACCUUCCGGGUGCGGGGACUGAAGCUGCCGCGCGAGUUCUCGCGCACGCUGGUCGAGUCCGCGAUGGAUUACGAGCCGCGUGACGACGACGUGUUCGUCGUCUCUUACUCCAAGUGCGGGGCCGCCUUCGUCCAGCACAUCGUGCACCUCAUCUUCAACAAGGGCCACCCGUCUGGCGACUACGUGCAGUGGAACAAGGCGACGCCGCACUUGGAGCUGGUGGGCGCGGAGGCGGUGCGGCGCAUGCCACGUCCAAACGCCAUCAAGUCCCACCUGCCCGUCCAGCUGAUGCCUUGGUCCGAACAGGCCAAGUACAUCUACGUGGCGCGGAAUCCCAAGGACUGCUUCGUCUCAAUAUUCCUCAACCGACAGCUCUUCCUCAAGCAGAAGUCCAUGGACGCCGCCUUUCAGGAGUUCGUGAGCGGCGACAUGAUCUGGGGCGACUACUUCGACCACGUGUGCGGCUGGUACGAGCGGCGCGACGAGCCGAACGUGAUGUUCCUGCUGUACGAGGACAUCAAGCGGGCCCCGCACGAGGUGAUUGAGAGGCUGGCUCAGUUCCUUGGUGACGAGUGGCUCGAGUCCGUGGCGCUGGACGAGAGCGCGCUCGACAUGAUCGUCCACCACAGCUCGUACGACUUCAUGAAGGAGCACGCGACGCGCACCGUGCACCGCUUCCAGGAGGCCGCCAAGGGCGACGAUGACAAGAAGAACGAGGACGAAGAGGAGGACAUCGUCGAUGACGUGGUGGUGCAGGCGCCCGCCCUGCGCACGCGGACAUUCGCGCGCCGCGGAACCGUGGGUGACUGGCGCUCCACGCUCAACGCCGGCCAGGAGCGACAACUGGAGCGAAUCCUCCGGGAGCGCUCCAAGGACUCGGGUCUCUGGAAACUCUGGAUCGACUUGGAUGAGGAGGACGACAGCGAUUUCUGAGUGGUGGCCGCGUGGGCCAGUACACCCGGACGUACAGCCAUUGCGAGACCACCGAAGAAGCCUCCUAAUCUCUGUUCUUGACACAUUAUGUAGGACUUCAAGCGUUCCUCCUAUUCGUUGAAGAAAAUCCGCCUGUAGAGCUUGCGGAGCUGUCGAAGUGUCGGCCUCGUUUCCUGGGGCCAAUGUCACGAAUAUUUUUGUUCGUAAGAGCUGCUUGCUAUUGACCUGCUGCGUUGUUUGAUGAUGUGUUCGACAUCUUGAAUGGCUGGCAGCUGCUCUUGCAAACGGAUGUAGUGUCAGAACUCUUUUGUGUGAAUGAGGUCCACGACGUUUCGACAAAGCAUUUGUCUUCUACCAUUCCCUUAAUAUUUUUCGCACGCGUAGGCUUUCUUGGGAUUUUCGAAACGACUCGAGGAAGCGAAGUCGGGCAUAUAGAUGUAUAGUGUAUUACGCUUUAGCGUGUCUGGUCCUGCUGUAAACGAAUAAGUCAUCGCCGUCGCUGUGCUCUAGAUACGAUUAAGAAUGACUAUCUAUAUAGCAGGGCCAAUGACUUUCUUUGAGGAGGAAGUUAGCUUGGAGCGAAACUGCAAGUGAUCGACGGUCGGUGCUGUUCACGACGGUGAAGCCAUCAUUGGAGUUGCCGCUUGGACAAGGGACCCAAGGAUGUGGAUCACUGGGAUCGCUGAACUUGUAUGGACACAGCGGUCGCCAACUAAACCUGAAUGAACACUGAAUUGACUCACGUUCGACGUGGUUAAAAAGAAUUACAAGCGACCGCGCUACAUACUACGCAUGCAAGGCGUCUCCGUGUGCUUUAUUACAUACGUCACUGUGGCGUAAUGUUAGCGGGUUCUCGGAACACCGAAGUCGUUCUGAUUACACUGUACAGUGUACGCGUUUUACAGGUUUGCAUGCAGGAACAUAUACACCUGUGUAGUCAUCCCAUUAAUACCGGACUUCCCCCAAGAAACGUGCGAGAAAACUGGACAGCGGUGUGGUCUUGAAAUUUAGUGCGUCUGACUUAGUAAUAGUCGAUUAAGACAUCGCUGUCGAGUUGAGAAUGCAUCGUUUGUGUAUGAGCGAAAGCAUGCUUUAGCAUCUGCUCAGCCUUGUGCAUCUAAGCACGCGUAAUGUAGGCUCGUUUUUACCAAAGAAGCUAGCAAAAAGCCCCAAGUGUACGUGCCGUAGCACUUUGUAAGCGUUGACCGUUGUUGCGUAUCGUGACCAUGCGUUUAAGUAUUUGUGGAGUUGACAGGGCGUCGAUGACAGUCUGCUACCGCACUGGACGGCAACAUGUGUUCGGUGGCAGUGACUUUGGAUCAGUCAUUAGCAUCAUUCGAUCAAUAAUUGAUCAAUCAUUGUGUAAUUGUGUAGCUUUAUAACCACUCGGAUGAGAGAGGUUGAUCCAGAAGGUUCCGUAUUUGUCAGUUCACUUUUGUGGUGUGACCUAAAUCAGGGCUGCGCUGCAGCGUACUGCACUGGGAAGUUCGCGAGUUCGACUCGAAUUCGGCGGCUACGUUCCGUUAGUGCAAAUUGUGAGAGUGCUCGCAGGUGUACCGAGUUUCGAGUGCGUGUGCUUACGAAACUAUAUAUAGUAGCGCUCAAAUUAAUACUGCAGCAUAGCUCAUAACCAUCAUAUAGGCAGAUCGCGACUUUGCGAAAUGAAACCAUGUCAUUUCAUUUUCAUCUUACCAGAAGCUUAAGACUAGCUGCACGAAGGAGUGCGCGCUAUGAACGCUUAUGCAUGAGACCAGCGUUCAUCUUGCAGCAGUUCUUGAAGAUGGUUCAUUUGCUGGUUGAUCUCCGAAGCAGUGGCUCGUAUGCAACAAACAUAAUAGCGGCUUCACGAGGCAACAUCCAUUCCCAAGUUACUCAGUAGCAUUUAUCCACUAUUCCUGGAAUGACAUGGCGACUACCUCCUUUACAUUAGUGCGGAUAGCGUCAAAAGCCUAGAUGCUUUUAGUCCAGUGGUUUUAGUCAAAAACGUUUGGGGUGUAGUUCAGCGACUGCGACUUUGCUAUCGCCCUUGCCAGCAUUGCUUGUAAGAGGAUGGAAUGGUUUACUAAAACUGGAAAGAUAUACGAAAUUAACGCAUUGUAAGGUUCCGAUUCUUUUAUGUCAUUUUUCUUCAUGUAGCGUAUAACUGUGACCACGCGCACUGUAAUUGUGAAAUUGUAUGUUUUUUUUUCCGCAACCGCACAACCGCACACUACGAAUUCGUGAAGUGUACACAUACACAUGCACACGAGAGCGCUAACAUAGCGUUGGGUGGACGUACCCGUGUUAGCCAAUAUAAGUGAACAUUCCAUGCGCUGCCCCUCCAUGUCAUGAUGUUACUGUUAGCAUGUAAUGCCAUUUUUUUUCCAGCUUUUGCUACGUAUAUUUGCGUUGAUUUUGUUUGACUGCAGAAAUUCCUUACGCAAGUGGCUGUAAGAAUUUGUCUCUCAACAGACGAAUAUCCCGGAAAAAAAAGCUCCACGGUGCGGGCUUAACCAUCUAGUCAAACACAUACUGCUAACUCUCCCUCACUGAUACCACAGUUCUUGAUGUUAAACUAAAAGGAGCUGAAGCAGUCCCUACCCUUACGAAGUAUUUGCAGAAGGAUUACUGCGAUUACAAUGCUACUGUUAAAACGUACAAAGAUGGAAAAUAAAAGUCAUGACAGAAAGAUACAAGUUGUUAUGUGCACCUUAACGUAUGAUCUUAAAUAUCGAGUCAAUCAUGCACAUUCUGCAGGAAUGCGCGCAACUAAGAGCCGAAUACCUCUUAAGCUCAGUGAAUAGGACCAACCCGCCGAAUGAAUCGAAUAAUGUUUAAUCACAUCUACCUGACUGCGUAUACAUAUUAUAAGUCAUUGUUUACAUAAGCUGAAGUCGUUCGCAUUAGUUGCUGCUUCCGCGAAUAUAUAUUUAUAGCUUAUACAGAGGGAGAGAUAUCCAUGCAGGCACAACGGAACCGCGACUCUUCCCCCCUCACCCUUGCGCACGCAACAUACCCGUGUUACCUUAGACCACUUACAGUUGCAAGCGCGUGUGAAGUCAGUCAAUAGUAGCAGUAGUAGUAGUAGCAAUAAUAAUAAUAAUAAUAAUAAUAAUAAUAAUAAUAAUAAUAAUAAUAAUAAUAAUAAUAAUAAUAAUAAUAAUAAUAACUUUCAUCGCACUAUUGCAAGCGCCGGCGAUUGUUUCUGUGCAGCUCCUUCAGCUGAUUGCCUUAAAAGAGAUCCAGUAGCGUUGCGAAGGUAGUGUUUAAGGCAGCCAACCAACCAAUCAACUAACCAAUGAAUCGAUCAGUCACUCAAUCAAUUUUAUCGAUUGUACAAUAAAACAAUACAAUACACAGUAAAAUAUACCGAAGGAAGUGCUAUAGAUUACGAAACGCCAUUAUCAGAGCGGCGUGCUAUUUAGCAGCAGCCUAUUUCACGUGUAACGCGGGACGAAGUCUUCUUCUAGCUUCCUCCAAUUACUCCUGCCUUGCAUCAGUAGUCUAUAUACCUUAUAACAAUGGCGGCGAAUUUGUCACUUUCAGCACCACAUAACUGAAUGGCCGUCAUCGGCUGUGUUUUCUCCUUGCCUUGGCACCCAAUCUGUUUUAGAUGCGAAGCAGCUCUUUGACUAGCCUGUGUAACGCUGUCCCUCCGUCCGCACAAACGCGAGGCAACGCGCUUCCCUCGGCGCAGGUGUUGGAGCAGUACCAAGUAGGUCACGCCGCAGCUGGGCGUUGACGUCACGCUCCCCUCGCACGCUUCCCUCGCAGGUGCGCGCGCAUGUCACUCUCUCCCUCACCCGCCGGAGCGCCCGCAGCUGCCGGCUCCAACGCCCGCUCGCCUCCCGUGUCUGCGUUUCAAACAAACGUUUACACCAGUAAACGCUACACCGAGUUUCGCUUCAAACGAAUCUUCCAGCGCUCACCGCAGCACCCGCGUUAGCACCGUUCAAUCCGUGACGCCACCCGCGCGCAACGCUGCUGCUUCGCAUCCCAUCAGGGUUCCCUUCGGGGAGAUGGUCCAUUUGUACCGGCCGUCUCCAUUCCUUUUUUUGCACACAUAACUAGAACAUAAGACCUCCAUUGUUGCUCUCAUAUCACGCGUCAAUUUUCGGUUACUCGCUUGUUGCUCAGUCAUUACAACUUCUUACACUUUCUUAUCCUUCAAGUUGCAGUCCCGUACGCUGUAGGCUUGCACUGGCAGAAGGUUAGCCCUUCGCUAUCACUACAUAUUUAGCGCUGGUGUCACUAUAACCGCGUUAUAAAGAAGCCUGAUUUAAUGUAAAUUUCAGGCAUCACAAAUUCUUUAAACUCACCUUGAAAGCUGCCUUUCAAAGCUUCAUACCGUUGCCGGAGCGCUAUAAGCCGAUCAGUCUGAAAGACCGCACCGGUGACACAGCGUUUCCAAGUCGUCACAGCGUCUCCGAUCGAUCGGAGACACAUUUUCUAUUUAACUUAAAUUCAGUGGCAAUAACAGGAGAUUGUGUCACAACCGACAGCUUACGACCGCCACUCUAAAACGCACGCAGAACGUUAACGUGGUUAACGUUCUUUUGCGAACUUUCGUAAAAUGGUACGCGCGUGGGUGAGUUUGACAGUCAGUUAGCACGCUGACAUGUAUGCACUGUUUCGAACUGUGUAAGCCAGCGAAGCAAAAUCGAACUCACUAAGCACAAAGGCGCAUGCGCGUCGGAGCCUUAACAGGUUGCGGCAAGUGCAACGUUCACGACGCUGUGGACAAAACGACAAACACAUCGCAGCAGCGUCACUCCAUCAUGUUCCGAUGACGUCGUACUCAAUGGCACAUGCAUCAUCAACCUAUUUUGGCAGACGCCUUUAAUAUUAGCAAUCUACACCAGUUGCAGCUUCUAUGAGCUUGCGCCUUUCUUAUUGUUCAACUACCUGCAGAUCGUUCAAGGCCGUUUUUUUUUCUUUAAUUUUAUGGUUUCUUUCUUUUUCAUUUUCCUCGCAGGUAUACGGAUCGCCUCCAUCAACAAAGCGUGCAAUAGAACAGUUGCUCUUUGUGUGAUUUAGCAGACGCACGCCUAAUUCAGUUUAUUCACAAAGGUCGCCCUUCAUCGUACAUAGUUGAAUCCAUCAUGUUUUGUUAGUGUUUAAAUAAAGAGACGCACAAAUGGGA